AUGGAGACUCAGACAGUCACGUGGCUGUUUUUUCUGGCCCUAAUGAAACAUGUUUCUACAAGUGACCCUAGAAAUCCCUUUGAACUAGAACCUGGUGGGCUGCUGGCUACUGAGGGAUCCUGCGUUGAAGUUAAAUGCCAAGUCACAGAAGAUGUUGAUGAUCUUGAUGCAUACUGGUUUUGGUUGAAAGAUGCACAAUGGGUCGACAGUGACUAUAGAUCCACUGUCAUUUACAGCACAAUCAACUUGAAACGUCCGGUCAGUCCUGACUUUGCAAACAGAGUGAAAUACAUCGGCUCUUCAUCUUCAAGUUGGAAGAAUAGUUACUCUGCCGAGCCGAAGCCACUGUGCAGUAUUUUGAUCUGUGACCUGAGAACAAGUGACAGCGGAAAGUAUUCUUUGAGAUUCGUAGGGAGGUCACCUGACCUUUGGUUAUCUGAAGAAGUGACCCUCAACGUUGAAGUAAACCGAUGCCCGCUCACUUUUGAGGAACCAGCUGUCGUGGUGGAGUCCGACGUGGUCACACUCACAUGCUCCACUUCAAGUUCAUGUCCUUCAAAACCUCACAUUCAAGAUGUGACUCAGAUCGACCGGACACGGGUCACAGGCUCUGAUCAAGAUAAGGAAAGAACCACCUUCAGCUUCACAGCCAGCUGGGAGGAUGAUGGGAGGGUGUUUUCAUGCCAAACACAGGACAACAGUGACAAAUAUUUGAUCCGGAGUAUUACAGUCACUGUUAAAUACAGUCCCAAAAAUGUGACAGUUCAAGCCAAUCCUGGUCUUGAUGUGAAGGAAAAUGUGUUGUUGACUCUGAGCUGUUCUGCCGAGUCCAACCCACCAGUGAGCUCUGUCACCUGGAGGAAGACGACUGAUGGGAGAGAGGAAAUCAUCCAACAGACUCAGACUCAGACAUUCAGGGUGAAUUCAGCCAGUCGCUCUGACAGUGGACUGUACAGCUGUGAAACCACCAAUGACAUUGGAAGUGGAAAGUCACAGCCAGCUGAGGUUAAAGUCAGAUGUGAGUAG